AUGGUUAGCAGAUUCAUGUCAGAUCCUGGGAUUGAGCAUUGGCAUGCUUUAAAAUGGAUUCUAAGGUAUUUGAGAGGCACAACUGAUUAUGGGAUUGAGUUUGGGACUGGGAAAGGAGAUCAAAAGGAGGCCUUUAUAGGCUUCUGCGAUUCAGAUUAUGCAGUGAGUGUUGACACAAGAAAGUCCCAAUCCGGCUAUGUUUUCUGUCUUUAUGGAAGUGUGGUGAGCUGGAAAUCAAGUUUACAAUCUGUAGUUGCAUUAUCUACUACGGAGGCUGAGUAUAUUGCUAUGGCAGAGGCAGUCAAGGAGAGCUUUUGGCUCAAGGGAAUUCUAGCAGAUUUUGGUGUUGAACAAGAUUCUGUGGAGAUAUGA